GUCGGCCUCGAUCCCACCCGCUGCGUGACAAUGGCCCAAUCACUCAAUGCGCAGCGAAUAGACGCCGUCUUUCAGUCUCGGCCUGACAUCAUUGCCAGGAUCAGCCAAGCUGCAGACUCUCCUGCUCGAAUUGCCCUCUUCAACGAAAUCGCCGACCACGUCUUCGAACGGUUACAAGAGCAUGGAGAGCCCUCACAGAAGAGGAGGAAAGUCGGGGCAGAGGCAGGCAGCCCAAGCAGCCAGGCAGCGCUUUCAAACGCGGCAGACGAGGCUGUCCUUCUGAGCAUUGCAGAGAUUUCGGUGUCCGUGCCUCAGAGGAAGAAGCUGGAGAUGUGCUUCACCUCCAACCACUUAUAUGCCAGAGCCCCUGGAACAACAGCUCCCCUGCAAGGCGUCAGCUAUGCGUGGAGAGAUAUUGAAUAUGCCUUCUAUCUCCCCGUCCCCGAAAAGGCCCAGGUCCAGCACAACUACAUCAUAUUUCCCAAAGGAACGUGCUUACCUUCCAAGACGGCCCCUCCGCCAUCCGUAGAACCGCUCGUCUUCACGGUCCCUGCAACUGCCCCAAAGCAAGGCACAAUUGGAGGAAGUGAGUCGGGAUCCGCCGCCGCAGUAUCAGACACCUACAAGUCCUUGUUCCAUUGGGCCUUUAGUCAGCGAUUACAGGCUGCAGGCACCGGCGUAAAGAUUGUCUCUGCCGAUCCAAACAAGUUUCACAGCAUGAUUCGCCAGCCUCACCGGCCAAACGAGACGGCGGUCCACAUCGGCGGCUUCAGGGGCUCAAAGGACGGCUUCCUCUUCUUCCUCGAAAACGGCAUCUUCUGGGGCUUCAAGAAACCACUCAUCUUCAUCCCCAUGAACCGCAUCGCCGCAAUCAGCUACACGAGCAUUCUGCAAAUCACAUUCAACAUGGUGGUCGAAGUCUUCACAGACGAGGACGGCAAGACGGAAGAACUGGAGUUCGGUAUGCUCGACCAGCAAAACUACGGCGGCAUCGAUGACUACGUCAAGACAAACAGGCUUCAGGACAGGAGCAUGGCCGAGCAGAGAAAGGGCAAGCUACAGCUGGCUGAAAACAAGGCGCCCAAGAAGAAGGAUGGCGAAGAGGAGAAUGGCGAUGCAGAAGGUGAGGGGGCAGGCGAUGGCAUGACUGAGCUGGAGCGUGCGCAGAUGGAGGCCGAACAGCAGCUACAAGAUGAAGAAGACGAAGACGAGGAGGACUACGACCCUGGAAGUGAGGGCGAGAGCGAAGGCUCAGGCUCCGAUGAUGACGAUGACGACUCCGACGAUGAUGACGACGAUGAAGAGGACGACGAAGAGGACCCAGAAGGCGAAGGAGAAGAGGGCGGCGAGGAGGAAGAGGAAGAAGAAAAGCCCGUCGUCAAACAAGAGCUCCCAAAGCCUGCUCCAAGGGCAAGCAGAGCAGCCAAACCAGCCAAACCCGCGCCCCCCGCCAAACCAGCCAAGUCAACCAAGCCAGCCAAGCCAACCAAGCCAGCCAAGCCAACCAAGCCAGCGGCCAAGCCAGCCAAGCCAGUCAAAGCUGAGGAGCCCAGCAUUCCCGUCCGAACAGGCUGGGCAGCCUUUACUUCCCGAUCAAAUGCAGAUGUUGACAUGGCUGAUAACGACGAUGAAAAGUUUGAUGUGGUGGGAUAAGAGAAAGAGAGGAGAUGUCGAGGACAAAGGGUGUCAAGGACAAAGGGUGUCGAGGACAAAGGGUGUCGAGGACAAAGAGUGUCAAGGACAAAGAGUGUCAAGGACAAAGGGUGUCGAGGACAAAGGUGUCUGGGACAAAAAAGUGUUUGGCCAAAAGGUGUCUAGGACAUAAGGUGUCCGAGACAAAAGGACAUACGACAUAUGGCAUGCGACACACCUGUCUCCUCUAUUUGGAGUGCGUGUGUGAGUUGGCGUCUGACGGUCAGGGGCACGGGCUUAAUAAAGCAUAAAGGCAGCAAGUCAGACAAUAGAGACAUGCUAUUAAUUUGAAGAAUGCCAUUUAUUGAAAAAGCU